AUGAAUCACUUCCAGGCCAUCCUGGCACAGGUGCGGAUGCUGCUUUCCAGCCAGCAGCCCAGGCAGGUGCAGGCCCUUCUGGAUGGCUUGUUGGAGGAAGAGCUGCUCUCCCGGGAGUACCACAGAGCCCUGCUCUGUGAACCGGAUGGCGAGGCUCUGGCCAGGAAGAUCUCCCUGACCCUGCUGGAGAAAGGGGACUUGGAUUUGGCUUUCUUGGGCUGGGUGUGCAGCAGGCUGCAGGCCCCAGUGGUGGAGAGGGGCACUGGCUACAGGAACCAUGCAGGCAGCGGCCUGUGUGCCACUAUGGAGCUGGGGACUCUGGAGGGAAGCUACCUGGAUCUCCUUAACAGUGAUGUUGAUCCCCUACACCUCUACCACUUUUAUGACCAGAUGGAUCUGGCUCGGGAGGAAGAGAUCGAGCUCAGCUCAGAGCCUGACACAGACACCAUCAACUGCGACCAGUUCAGCAAGCUGUUGGGGGACAUAGAAGGAGAUGAAGAGACCCGGGAGGCCUAUGCCAACAUUGCGGAACUGGAUCAAUACGUGUUCCAGGAUGCCCAGCUGGAGGGCCUUAGCAAGGACCUGUUCAUAGAGCACAUUGGACCAGAGGAAGGCUUCGGAGAGAGCAUGGAGGUCCAAGCAGAAACAGGACAGAGAGCUCAGAAAAGAUGCUUCCCAGAAGAGUGGCCCACAGACCCGAAGCACAGGAAGCUAGCAACCCCUUCCAGAACUUCACUGAGCUGCCUGGAUUUCCCAAUUGGACCCUUCCAGGUCCUCUCUGCUCUGCCCCAGGGACUCUGGCAAAUCUCAGGGACUGGCACAGGGCUCUCCAGUGUACUAAUCUACCAUGGUGAGAUACCCCAGGCCAACCAAGUACUCCCUUCAAGCAGCCCCACUGUCCCCAGCCUCCCCAAAUCCCCAGACCGACCUGGCUCCACCAGUCCCUUCGCACCGUCCGCAACUGACCUACCCAGCCUACCUGAGCCAGCAAUGACCUCCCGUGUAAAAGAGACAGAGGACACAACAUCCCCUGCCCCAAGCCAGGCAGGUGCUGAGUCCCCCCUCAAGCUUCCAAAAUGGCCAGAUACUGUGGAGCAGUUUCUCCAUUCUCUGAGGGACAAGUACCAGGCCAAGACUGAAGGCCCAGGUGGCCCCCUGGUGGCCAUGGAGCUGAUUCGGGCCAGGCUGGAGAGAGGCAGCAAUAAGAGUCAAGAGAGGGAGCUAGCCACUCCAGACUGGGUAGAGCGCCAGCUGGCUAAAGGGGGUCUGGCUGAGGUGCUACAGGCUGCCAGUGACCGACGGAAGCCAAGAGAGACGCAAGUGAUUGCUGUGCUGGGCAAGGCCGGGCAGGGGAAGAGCCACUGGGCCCGGACAGUGAGCCAGGCAUGGGCCUGCGGCCAGCUGCCACAAUAUGACUUUGUUUUCUAUGUCCCUUGCCACUGCUUGGACCGUCCAGGGGACACCUACCACCUGCGGGAUCUGCUUUGCCCCCCAGGCCUGGAGUCAUUGGUCAUAGAUGAUGAGGUCUUUGGUCACAUUGUGAGGCGGCCUGAUCGUGUCUUGCUCAUCCUAGAUGCUUUUGAGGAACUAGAAGCCCAAGAUGGGCUCCUACAUGGAGCAUGUGGACCCCUGUCUCUGGAGCCCUGCUCCCUCCGGGGGUUGCUGGCUGGGCUCUUCCAGCAGAAGCUGCUGUGCGGCUGUACCCUGCUCCUCACAGCACGGCCCCGGGGCCGCCUGGCCCAGAGCCUCAGCAAAGCCGAUGCCAUCUUUGAGGUACCCAGCUUCUCUGCUGAGCAGGCCAGGACUUACGUGAGACACUACUUUGAGGACUUAGGGAUGGCAGGGGACCAAGACAGGGCCUUCACACUACUGGAGGACCAGCCUUUUCUCCUCAGCCAUAGUCACAGCCCUGCUCUGUGCCAGGCCAUGUGCCAGCUCUCCAAGGCCCUGCUGGAACAGGGUACUGGGGCCCAGCUGCCUUGCACACUCACAGGACUCUAUGUCAGUUUGCUAGGCCCUGCAGCCAGGGACAGUCCUCCAGGGGCCUUGGCUGGGCUGGCCAAACUGGCCUGGGAGUUGGGCCGCAGACACCAAAGCAUCUUGCAAGAAACUCAGUUCCCAUCAGUGGAGGCAAGGACUUGGGCAGUGGCCCGAGGCUUGGUGCAGCCCACCCCGGGGACUACAGAGGCCCAACUAGCCUUCCCAAGCUUCCUCCUACAGUGUUUCCUGGGUGCCGUGUGGCUGGCACAGUGCAGUGAAAUCAGAGACAAGGAGUUGCCGCAGUACCUAGCCGUGACCCCAAGGAAGAAAAGGCCCUACGACAACUGGUUGGAAAGCAUUCCACGCUUUCUGGCUGGACUGGUUUUUCAGCCUUGCACCCACUGCCUGGGAGCCCUCAUGGGGCCUGCAGUGGCCACACUGGUGGACAGGAAGCGGAAGGUGCUUACUAGGUACUUGAAGCGUCUGCAGCCAGGGAUACUGAGGGCUGGACGGCUGCUGGAGCUGUUGCACUGCGCCCACGAGACACAAGAGCCUGGGAUUUGGAAGCACGUGGCAUGCCAGCUCCCUGCACACCUCUCCUUCCUGGGCACCCGGCUCACACCCCCAGACAUAUAUAUGCUAGGCAAGGCCCUGGAGACAGCUGGCCAGGACUUCUCCCUGGACCUUCGUCACACUGGCAUUGAGCCCUCUGGACUAGGGAGCCUCGCGGGACUCAGAUGUGUCACCCAUUUCAGGGCUGCCUUGAGUGACACCAUGGCACUAUGGGAGUCCCUUCGACAUCGGGGAGAGACCCAGCUGCUCCAGGUAGCAGAGGAAAAGUUCACCAUUGAGCCAUUUAAGGCCAAGUCUCCAAAGGAUGUGGAAGACCUUCGCAACCUCGUGCAGACCCAGAGGCUAAGAAGUCCCUCAGGGGACACAACUGGGGACCUUCCUGCCAUCAGGGAUCUGAAGAAGCUGGAGUUUGCGUUGGGCCCUGUUCUAGGCCCCCAGGCUUUCCCCAAACUGGCCAAGAUCCUCCCUGCCUUUUCUUCUCUGCAGCACCUGGACCUGGACUCAUUGAGUGAAAAUAAGAUUGGGGAUGAGGGUGUGUUGCAGCUCUCCGCCACGUUCCCUCGGUUGAAAGCCCUGGAGACGCUCAACCUGUCCCAGAACAGUAUUACUGACGUGGGUGCCUGCAAGCUUGCGGAGUCCCUGCCGUCCCUCGCCCAAUCCCUCCUCAGGCUCAGCUUGUACAAUAAUUGCAUCUGUGAUACAGGAGCCAAGAGCCUGGCACAAGUGCUUCCAGACAUGGUGUCCCUGCGGGUGAUGGAUGUCCAGUACAACAAGUUCACGGCCGUGGGUGCCCAGCAGCUGGCUGCCAGCCUCCGGAAGUGCCCUCAUGUGGAAACACUGGCGAUGUGGACGCCCACCAUCCCCUUUGGGGUUCAGGAACACCUGCAGCAGCUGGAUGCUCGGAUCAGCCUGAGAUGAGCUUGUGGGGCCCUAGACAAGCACCUACUCUGGGGACACUGACCACGCUGGACCAUGACCUGGGUACUGUGGACUCAAUUCUUCUUUGAGUCAUAUCCAUGAGCCUCAGCAUCCUGUCAUCUUGCCCCUGUGGGCUCAGGAUUGGCACCUAUUCAGCUGCAGAAGGGACCCGCAUCUCACAUGGCUAUAGGUCCCAGGACUGGCUCCGGGCUCCUUCAGUGCUGGGUUAGAAGCCAACCUGGACGAACAGUUGCGAGCUCUGGCUGACAGGUGGGUAACUGGGGCCACCUUUGGUGGAUACACCCAGGAGACCCAUGGCCUACUCUGUGACACUCCAGGCUAGAGUGAGGGACUGGGGCAGCCAAGCAUCUGCCUGUCCAGGCCCCAAACCAGCCUGAUGCAAAGCACUCCUCCCCUGCUGCUCCCUAGACAGGGCCUGCCAGACUACCCUGGCCUGUUGACCUCCAAAAUCAAAGGGAGUCUAUGGCAGCUCUUUCUGUCUGAAGUACUGUGUGCAUGAACUUUAGGUCAAGGUCAAGUCAGGCCUGGCCUGGCCCCUGAAUGGGACCUGGGAGCCAGGGAAUGGCACACUAUGGGAAGUGGGGAGGGCUGUGGCUGGGAGCCACUCUGUCGCCUCUGUUGUGCUCACUACAUUAUAAAUGUCCCAGCUACUCUCACUGCUCCAGGACUUGGUUUAUCGCACGAGUUCCAUUCGGG